AUGUCAUGUGACGGGCAUGUGCGGGCUCGGGGCGUGACAUUAGGUGAGGAGGAUAUUGAGCUCAUCAAUUGGCUUGGGCAGAAAAAUGAACAUUCAACUAUUUUUGCUUCCUUUAGCACUAUGUAUUUCUUGUCAGAGGAAGAGAUAGAAGAGAUUGCUUUCGGGUUGGAGCUAAGCCAUGAAAACUUUAUUUGGGCUUUAAGAUCUCCUCCAGGUGAGGAAAGAAAGCUUGAACAGAUCUUACCAGAGGGUUUUCUUGAAAGAGUGCAAGAUAGAGGGAGAAUUGUUCAAGGAGGGGUACGACAAGCAAUGAUUCUAGGCCAUCCGAGUCUUGGUGGUUUUUUAUCCCACUGUGGCUGGAAUUCUUUAUCAAAAGGUAUAGAAUUUGGUGUCCCCAUUGUAGCCAUGCCUAUGACUUUUGAACAGCCUAUCAAUGCUAGGGUGUUGGUGGAAAAUAGUGUAGCUAUUGAAAUCACAAGAGAUGAAAAUGGUAGACUUAAGAGGGAAGAGAUAGUAAAAGUGAUCAACAAUGUGGUAACCGGAUGUGCAGGGGAACCCUUGAGGCAGAAAAUGAAAGAUCUAAGGAAACAGAUUAAAUCAAGUGAAAAAGAAAACUUGGAUGGAUUUUAG